CCUAGUGGUGUGUUUGCGCCUCCUGUCUUGAAAGAGAGGUGAAGAAGAGUUUACUUUUCUGAGUUCAAGGUUUGGUUUCGGUGUUCGUCUGGAGUGAAGGGUUUUGCCGAGGCAGAAAUCCCAUUUUCACAUAGCCAACAUGCUGAACAUGUGGAAGGUUAGGGAGUUGGUUGACAAAGCAACCAACAUGGUGAUGAACUAUUCAGAAACAGAGUCUAAAGUCAGAGAGGCCACCAAUGAUGACCCCUGGGGACCAUCAGGACAGUUGAUGAGUGAAAUUUCUAGAGCAACCUUCAUGUAUGAACAUUAUCAAGAGGUGAUGGGGAUGUUGUGGACGCGCAUGCUGAAGGACAACAAAAAGAACUGGAGAAGAGUCUACAAGUCUUUGCUACUGCUCGCCCACCUGAUCAGGAAUGGGUCAGAAAGGGUAGUCACCAGUGCCAGAGAACACCUCUAUGACCUGAGAUCAUUAGAGAGCUACCAUUUUGUAGAUGAAAAUGGGAAGGACCAAGGAAUGAAUGUGCGUCAGAAGGUGAAAGAACUGGUAGAGUUCGUUCAGGAUGAUGACAGGCUUAGGGAAGAAAGGAAAAAGGCAAAGAAAAACAAGGACAAAUACAUCGGCGUGUCCUCAGACAGCAUGGGAUACCGGAGUUAUUCUGGUGAUAGAUAUGACUCCAGUGAUGGCAGAGGAAAGUGGGAUGAUGACUGGGAAAAGAAAGGACAAUUCCCCUUCAGUGAGAAGUUGGGGGAGAUCAGUGACAAGAUUGGCAGCACUAUUGAUGAUACCAUUAGCAAGUUUAGAAAGAAGGAAAGAGAUGACUCACCAGACCGAUAUAGUGACAAUGAAGAGGACAGGGGACGCUCUUCUCACAAUGGCCAGUCAGGAAAAGAGUUCAAAGAUGAGGAAGAGACUGUUACUACUAAGAGUGUACAAAUAGUUCAAGCAACAGAGACUACAGCAACACGAAAGAGAGGUGGGGUCCCGUCCAAGAAAGUAGAUUUAGGUGCUGCAGCCAACUAUACAGGAGACAAAAGCCCAGACAUCAACACCACAAAGGCCCAGUCAGCAGCCCCCCAGCCUUCCAGUUCUGGUCUUGUUGAUUUACUAAUGGGUGACACAACACCCAGCCAGCCUGCUAAUUCAGAUCUGAUCAGUGGAUUUGCUGAUUUCUCCUCACCUGCUGCUUCUGCUGGCCUCACUUCAGGAUCUGCACAAGUCUCCAGCAGUAACGGGGAUUUUGGGGAGUGGAAUGCCUUCCCUGGAGGUCAGAUGCCCACGUCUGCCCAGUCCGCUGACACUGGUGGAAGUGACCUUUUUGGAGCCAUGAUGGCAGGUACUGCUGCUGCUCCCGUCCCAGCCUCAGCUCCAGGCUCAGGUGCCCCCUCAGCAGACUUAUUUGACUUGAUGGGGCCAACUCAGUCACUCACCUCCUCCCAGAGUCUCAACUUCAGCAUGAGCAGCACACAGAGCAUGAGCAGCACAGUCCUUCCUCAGUCGAGGUCACAGCCUCUCCCAAACAUGGGGGGUCCUCUACAACCACAGCCACUGCAGUCUGUGCAGCAGGGAGUGGCUUCUCAAGGUGCCAGUGCUAAAGCGUCCCUCCCUUCCACCUGGACAGACCAUUCUGUUAAUAUUAGCUUGGACUUCCUCGGCCCAGGAACGCAGCCCCCCAAGCCCAGCCAGCCCAGUCUCAACACCCUUCAACAAGGUAACCAGCCACAAGCCAAUAUGCUCUCCCAGGGAUUUUCCAGUAUGAGCCUUGGAACCACAACUGUCAGACCACCUGUAAAUCCUAUGAUGCACUCUGGAGCUGCCAUGGGAAUGGGCAUGGGGAUGACCCCAAACCAGGGUAUGAUGGGGAUGGGCAUGGGCAUGGGCAUGAACAUGGGGAUGCCACACGCAGGUAUGACCAUGGGAAUGCCCGGUGCAAUGGGGAUGGGAAUGGCUAUGAACCCUGCAAUGGUCCAACAGCCCAAACACGAUGCCUUCGCAGACUUCGGCAACUUCGGAAAGUGAGCUGGAGAGCAAAGAUUCCUGGAGGAGUGGUGUCCUGUCUCUCUUUCUCUCCGUCCAUUGGUGAAGGAUUGUUAUGAGCUGCAAACAAAGAGUACUUGAAUUAUGUCAACUAUCAUAAACCAAGACCCUGCAACCUGUUUUUUUUUUUUUUUUUUUUUUUUUUAAGACUAAUGCUGUGUAGUGAUCUGGAUCUACAGUACCUGAAUGUUUGUGUUGUUUGAACCAAUGAUCUGUCUGGCCUGGGGUGAUGGUCAGACGGUCACACUGUCAAUGGGUGCCUUGUUGGUUAGAUUUGAGUCGGUAAGAAAAAGGAAGAACGCGUCACCAUGAGAAUGUGGGGAGAUUUGCUUUGUAACCUCAAUCAAGUCAAAUCACCAGAAUAGCAAAAAUAUACAUAUAUACAGUAGCUGCAUAAUUUUUUUUAGAUGCAUUUUCAAUAACUUUCCUGAGUGAUACGUUUGACUUACAUGAUCAGCCAUUUUAAUUUCUUUCUAAUGAACAUUUAAAGAUGACAAGUUACCUCUUAUUUGUCCUUGCUCUUCCUUUGAUGUGUAAAUAGAAUCUGAAGCCCUUACAAGUAAGUUAUGAAGUCUUUUUAUGAGAGCCAGUGACAAUGUGUAGAGUCAUGUCAUAUAGGCCAAAACUGAUAUAAAAUAAGACCAUAAACAAAGGUACAAUGACACCUCUUUUUUUUUUUGUACAUAAGUGUCCACACACUCCAAAUGUGGCCUGUUAGUGCUACAGUCAAAAUCCCGAAUGAGUGUUUAUAGUUAAAGCUAUUGAAUAAUUUUCAAAGAUUUUCUGUUAAUAGACUAUCAUAUGUGGCCUUUAUUAUUGAGAUAUAUGUAUAUAUAAAUAAUCAGUUUGCAUCCAAAUGAGAUAAUCAGUAGGUAGAAAAGGCCUCAUCCUGGGGUUGGGGGUUAUUAAUUGCAGCACACGGUGCCUGAAAGACCUUUGCCUUUCCUCUUCAAUUAACCUCUUUAAAGGAAACUGUGUGACUGUGCAGUGUUGAGGACAUAUACCAGAAGGGCUGUUCUGUGCAAUGUACAAACAUCUACUGUAUGUUUGUAGUUACACCUCAAGCCAUGUAUAUGGCCUGUAUACAGAUACCAGAUGUGGAAUUGUGUAGUUACUUCACUCAUCUGUUAUUCUGUUUUGUGCCUAUUUCACAAUCGCCGCCCUCAUCAGGCCAGUGAUAAUUUCAGUUCUCCAAAAACACUCAAAGAAAAUAUAUAGUGACCUAUUCAGCACCCAAAGUGUUGAUGCAGACGUUUGAGACUGCAUCAUGUAUCCUGUGAAACAUUUAGUGGUGCAUCUCUGUAAAUGCUGCCUUCUCACCUUUUGUCUUCAUUAAUAUCAUACAUUAAAAAACAGCUCUCUUGACAACACUGUUGCUGUCUUAAGCAUUUGUCAGUCCAAGAUUGCAUGUUGUGCAACUCAUCAGGUACAGUGGAUUGUGUAAGAGGAAGCACUUUUACCAGCUGCGAUGCAGUCUGAAUGCAAUAUGCUGAGGUGGUUAGAUGAAGAUAUGUUGAUCGGUAGUGCAGUAGAAGACAUCUCACUCAUCUGUACACCACCUGGUGUGCCUAAAUAAUGUGUUAGAUGCACAGCAUUGGACCUCCUGGUUCAAGUGCCUGCUGAUAGUUGCCUCCUGGCCCUUGUAGUGAGUAACUGUUAAGUAAAUUAUGACCAUGUGACACUUUUUGGAUUUCAGUGAUGAGAUAAAUAAACCACUGACCAGAGGAAAGGGCAGUGGACUCUGGUCCUGAGCAGAAUGCAGUUGUAUUUUUGGACUCUCCCAAGGGUCAAGAGGGUCAGCACACUAACAUUCAGUAGCCUUGCAUCAGAGUCUGAAGCAUUAUAAUGACCAAAAUCUGUUUGCUAUUUUUCUAAAAUAUUUCAGUAGGUUAUUUUAUUCAUUUUGUUUUCUACUUUCAAAAUGUUUUGAUCUUCGUUGAGAUGGGUUUGUUACUGAAACACUAGUAUAUGCAAAUGUUUAAAGAAAAAAAAAAGAAAAUCCUUUGAGAAAAUGAAAUUUUUGCAUUACUCCCAUUUUGAUUUGAUUUACACAUCAAGAUUUAUCUACAACAUUAAACAGUUGAUUGAAAUUUGGUAA